UACAUAGACGAUGCCUUGCCUCCGGAGUCUCCUUAUCUGUAUGGCCUCCAUCCCAAUGCUGAGAUUGGCUUCCUUACCCAGACCUCAGAGAAACUCUUCCGCAUCGUGUUGGAGAUGCAGCCCCGGGACACCAGCAUGGGUGAAGGAGGAGUGGUGACCAGGGAAGAAAUGGUGAAAGCUCUUCUGGAGGAGAUGUUAGAGAAAUUGACGGAUGAGUUUAACAUUGCAGAACUCAUGGCAAAGGUGGAGCAGAGGACGCCGUAUGUUGUGGUUGCCUUCCAGGAAUGUGAGCGCAUGAACAUACUCACCAGUGAAAUAAAACGCUCUCUCAAGGAACUGGAUCUGGGGCUGAAGGGAGAACUGACCAUGACAAGUGACAUGGAGAACCUGCAGAAUGCCCUCUUCUUGGACACAGUGCCUGAGUCCUGGACAAAGAGGGCUUACCCUUCCACAGCCAGCCUGGGCACAUGGUUUGCUGACCUCCUCACUCGCAUCAAGGAGCUGGAGGCCUGGACAGGAGACUUUUCCUUACCUUCUGCAGUGUGGCUUGCUGGAUUCUUCAAUCCUCAGUCUUUCCUGACAGCCAUCAUGCAGUCCACAGCCCGAAAGAAUGAGUGGCCUUUGGACAAGAUGACCUUGCAGUGCGAUGUGACAAAAAAGAACAGAGAAGAUUUUGCCAGUUGUCCUCGGGAAGGAGCAUAUGUCCAUGGUUUGUUCAUGGAGGGUGCACGCUGGGAUGCACAGACCAGCAUAAUCACAGAUGCCAGGCUUAAGGAACUAACCCCAGCCAUGCCUGUCAUUUUCAUCAAAGCCAUUCCUGAUGACAAACAAGACGUCCAUAGUAUGUACCCAUGUCCUGUAUACAAAACACGCCAAAGAGGACCAACUUAUGUGUGGACUUUUAACCUUAAAACUAGAGAAAAUCCUUCCAAGUGGGUGCUCGCUGGUGUGGCAUUGCUGCUACAGAUCUAGGCUCACCAGCAAAACAUAUCAUUUGCAAAUCCUUAACAAUGUCUUUCUCAG